AUGAUGCUGCGCCGCGUCCUCUGCGUGCUUUUCCUUGCCCUCUGCUGUGCGUGCGUGUGCGCCACGGCUCAGGAGGAGGGGCAGUAUGAUGUUGCUGUUGUCGAGGCUGGGGAGGGCCAGGAUCAAACUACAACCACCACCACCACCACAACAACUACUACUACGACGACCACCACCACCACCAAUGCACCCGCCAAGGACACGACCACCACCACCACCAAUGCACCCGCCAAGAACACAACCACCUCCAAGGCACCGACUCCUGGCGACGGGAGCGGCCUCGGCGGCCCUUUGUGGGUUCAGGUGCCGCUGCUGCUGCUUGUCAGUGCCGCUGUGGCGACCGCCGGUGCUGCGUGCUGA